AUAUAUUAGCAUAUUGUACAGAAAAAUAAAACGUAAACGUUUUAAUUUCAAGCGUGACAAAUGCAUCUCAAAGUAGGGGAAAUUUGUUGGACCUUUUCUUUGAAAGUUAACGCAGGUAUGACAGCGCUGACCCGGAUGUUCUAUCUCUCUAGGAGCCCUGUCUCAUGAUGAGGUCUCCGUGCUGUUUUCUCUCUAGAGCCAGAACAGUAUUACUGAGAUUAUCCAGUCAUGCUCCUGACGGAAGACUUCCACGCGUCUCCGGUAUUAAGCACUGUCAGGCUUCGCGAUGCUUUUGCACAAAGAGCUCGAAACCAUAUUACAUCACAACUCCCAUCUUCUAUGUGAACGCGUCUCCUCACAUUGGUCACGUGUAUUCAGCUGUCACUGCUGACUGUCUGCACAGAUACAAACUCUUAAAGGGGUACACCUCCAGAUUUGCCACAGGUACAGAUGAACAUGGUCUGAAGAUCCAGCAGGCAGCCAGCAAUGCUGGUAAAGAGCCUCUGAGCUUCUGCACCGAGGUAUCAGAGAGUUUCAGGCAUGUUUUCCAAAGAUGCAGCAUUUCAUACACUGACUACAUCCGGACAACAGAGCAGAGGCACAGACAGGCUGUUCAACACUUCUGGACGGUUCUCCACAGCGAAGGCUUCCUCUACAAAGGCACGUACGAAGGCUGGUACUCCACUCCAGAUGAAAGUUUUCUUACACCAGCUCAAGUCACUGACAGCACAGACUCAGAGGGACGACAGAUCAAAGUAUCCGCCGAGAGCGGCCACAAGGUGGAGUGGAUGAAGGAGGACAAUUACAUGUUUCGUCUAUCAGGCUUCCGCACUGAAUUGCUUCACUGGCUCAGAUCAAACCCGAAGGUCAUCCAGCCCGUGAAGUUUCACGACUUGGUUCUUCAGUGGCUAGAGGACGACAUCCCAGAUCUGUCAGUAUCACGUCAGAAGAGCCGGCUCCAGUGGGGCAUCCCGGUCCCGGGUGAUCCGGAACAAACCAUCUACGUGUGGCUGGACGCUCUGGUCAACUAUUUGACGGUGGCUGGCUACCCUCAGAAUCACUCCCAAUGGUGGACAGAGGUCCAUCACGUCGUGGGUAAAGACAUCCUCAAGUUUCACGCCAUAUACUGGCCGGCGUUUCUCAUGGCUGCGGGGUUGCCUCUUCCUCAGACGAUUUAUGUUCACUCUCACUGGACGGUGGAGGGAAAGAAAAUGUCCAAGAGUCUCGGAAACGUGAUCAACCCGUUGGACGCCAUUGAGAAGUUCACCGUGGAUGGUUUGAGGUACUUCCUUCUCAGACAAGGGGUUCCUGAUUCAGACUGUGACUAUUAUGAUGAUAAAGUCAUCAAGAUGUGCAAUAGUGAGUUAGCGGAUGCUCUCGGAGGGUUGUUAAACCGCUGCACUGCACCCUCGCUUAACCCCACACAACAGUAUCCUCGGUUCUCCAACACUUGCUUCCCAAAAGAAGGGCUUGGUGGAAAAUCCAUCUCGGAUGACUACAGACUGAUAGAAGCCGUAUCGGCGCUUCCGCUCAUUGUAGAGCAGCACUUUGAGAAUCUAAAUGUCUAUAAAGCAUUAGAGGCUAUUAGCGCAUGUGUGCGCCUCACUAACGGGUUUGUACAAAGACACGCCCCGUGGAAACUGGACCGGAAAGUUCCUGAAGACCAGCAGUGGCUUGACACCAUCCUUCACGUGUCUUUGGAGUGCCUUAGGAUGUAUGGGAUUCUCCUGCAACCUGUGGUGCCGGGGCUUGCUGAUAAAAUUUUAUCAAGGUUGGGAGUCACUCCUGAGGAAAGAAGCUGGGAUUCCCUGAACUUCCUGAUGAGAUUUGAAGGACGAGAGUGUGGGUUAGAAGGAAGAGCGCUGGGUCCGGAUUUGGGAGUGUUGUUUAGUCGUCUUGAAAGGAGAAGGACUCCCAAAAUGGCAACAACACAAGACAAAUCUUAAAGGGUUAGUUCACUUACAGAACAAAAAUUGACAGAUAAUGUACUCGCCACCUUGUCAUCCAAGAUGUUCAUGUCUUUCUUUCUUCAGUCGUAAAGAAGUUGUUUUUUGAGGUUGAUAUUUCAGGAUUUCUCUCCAUAAAAUGGACUUCUAUGGUGCCUGCGAGUUUAAAUGUCCAAACUGCAGUUUCAAUGCAGCUUCAAAGGGCUCUAAAUGAUCCCAGCCUAGGUUUUAUCUAGCGAAACGAUCUGUUUUAGUCUUUAAGCUCAAAUGCUUGUCUUGUCUAGCUCUGUGAUGCACAUGUGUACUCCAGUUCAAGAUAGUUAUGGUAUGUCGAAAAACUCCUAUCUCAUUUUCUCCUAAAACUUCAAAAUCGCCCUACAUCGCUGUAGAAGUACUGAACUAGUGUUUAGUGAACAUGCAAAGGUGGUCAAACGCUCUUUACAAAAAAUAAAAAAUAAAAGGUAAAAAAAAGCAAUGUAGUAUGAUUUUGAAGUUGGAAAAUGAGAUGGGAAUUUUUGGACUUAUCCUAACUGUGUUGACCCAGAGUACACAGAUUAAGCAUGUGCGUUAUAGAGACAAGCAUUUGAGGUUAAAAGGUAUAUAAAUUGUCAAUUUGUUUAAAAAAUGACCGAUUGUUUUGCUAGAUAAGACCCUUCUUCCUCAGCUGGGAUCAUUUAGAGCUUUUUGAAGCUGCAUUUAAACUACAUUUUGCAAGUUCAAACUCACAGGCACCACUGAAGUCCCUUAUAUGGAGAACAUUCCUGAAAUGUUUUCCUCAAGAAACAAUUUCUAUACGACUGAAGAAAGACAUGAACAUCUUGGAUGACAAGGGGGUGAGUACAUUAUGUAUUUUUUGUUUGUUCUGGAAGUGAACUUCUCCUUUAAUGAAUACUUGGACCUCACCAUGAGAUAAUGGUGGUGUCGGGUUUCGAAAGAAAUGAUUAAAAGGUCACACUCUAUAGGCAUAAAAACUGACAUGGUUUUUUUAAUGAGAAAUACACGAAACUGAAAAAUUGUACAAAUUGAAAUAAAAUAAAAAAGGUUGCAAUAUU